AUGGCCUUUGCAACCGCAACGUCCAACGCCACCUCGUUCCUGCGCCGGCGGACGGAACGCAUCAAUGAGCAUGCCAUGCAGAAGAAGUCGCUCUCGGGCUGGGUGCUCCCCAAACAGCCCUCGACAUUCGCCGAUGAGGGCAGCUGGUCCAACGCCGACUCCGAUGUGACCCCUCUGGACCGCCGCACUUGGUCCACAUGGACUAUCCUGGGUUUCUGGUUCAGCGACGGCCUCAAUGCCCAGGGUUGGAUGGGCGCCGCCUCGAUUAUCGCCGUCGGGCUCACAUGGAGGGAGGCGCUUUACUGUCUCAUCCUCGGAUACACCAUGGUCAUCAUCCCCCUGGUGCUCAACGGAGCCCUGGGCGCCCAUCUCCACGUCAACUUCGCUGUGGCUUCACGUGCUUCGUUUGGCUUCUACCUCUCGCGGGUGGCAGUCGUGAUCAGGAUGAUUACGGCACUAUUCUGGCAUGCCAUCCAGACCUACACUGGGUCGACUGCGAUGACGCAGAUCAUCCGUUCUAUCUGGCCCUCGUACCUCAAUAUCGCUAACACGAUCCCUGAAUCGGUCGGUAUCACAACGCACCAGAUGUGCUCUCACGUUCUCUUCUGGAGUCUUCAGUUCCCCUUCCUCCUUAUCCCGCCCCACAAGCUCCGCUGGUUCUUCGUGUUUAAGGCGGUGGUCGUGGUAGUGACUUCGGUCGCAGUCGUCAUCGCCCUAUGCAUCCAAGCGGGAGGUGCGGGUGACAUCUGGGAUCAGGAGGCCACCGUCUCAGGGUCGACAAGAAACUGGUUGAUCCUAUCGUCCAUGUCGAGCAUAACCGGUUCAUGGAUGACGAUGGGGACCAACAUUCCCGACUUCACCCGCUACCUAAAGAAAUCUCGUGGGGUCUACUGGCAAGCGCUCUUCAUGCCUUUCAUUGCAUCUUUGAUCGGCAUCUUCGGCAUCAUUGCGGCUAGCGCGGGGAAGAUUCUGUAUGGUACCUAUAUAUGGGAUCCCGUUGAACUUGCCUCUCAUUGGGACGGUCCUAGUGGUCGUUGUGGGGCGUUCUUCGUUGGCCUCUGCUGGGUCGUAGCACAGAUUGGAACCAACGUUUCCGCAAAUGUCAUUUCCUGCUCGAACGACAUGGCAACCCUCUUCCCUAAAUAUAUCAGUAUCCGCCGCGGUGCCAUCAUUACCACCCUUAUCGGAGGCUGGGUCAUGGUUCCCUGGAAGAUCAUCUCGUCGGCCGCUUCCCUCCUGACAUUCAUGUCGGCGCUUGCCAUCUUUCUGGCUCCCAUCGCCGCCAUCAUGGGUGCCGACUACUGGGUGGUUAAGAAGCGCAACAUCGACAUCCCGUCCCUGUACCGCCGCCGAGGCCGUUACCGGUACCACGGGGGAGUCAACUGGCGCGCCGCUGCCGCCCUCAUCAUUUCUAUCUCACCCAAUCUUCCGGGCAUGGUGCACGCCGUGAAUCCAAGCCUCCCAGUCGGCGGCAUCCAGUACGUCUACGAUGUAAACAUCUUGUGGGGAUUCACCAGCGCGUUUGUCAUCUACUGUGUACUCAGCCGUUUCUGGCCUGCAACCGAGACCCUAAUCGAGACCACUAUCCGCGAUGAGGUCACCAUUGUGAACGGCGUGGAGGUUUACAACGAUGGGCUGGCGACGCCGACGGAGAAGGAAAGUGGCCUGGAGGAGACAGGCUUAUCCGUGAAAUAUGCGUCUGUCUAA